AUGUCGUUCCUCGGUGGCGCAGAAUGCUCUACCGCGGGGAACCCGCUCUCGCAAUUCACGAAGCACGUCCAGGAUGAUAAAUCACUACAGCGCGACCGGCUGGUAGGCCGGGGACCGGGCAUGCAAGAAGGCAUGCGCUCACACAGCAUGAUGGGCGGACAGGACCAGAUGAUGGACGAUUUCAUGCAACAACCAGGCCAGCAGUUAAAUGGACCCCCGCCACAACCAUUCGCAAUGGAGCACAUGCGCCGCGAGCUCGAUAACUUCCAGACGGCGCCUGCCCGCACAGGAUCACCCGGGUGGGCAAAGGAGUUCGACUCGGGGGAGCAAGCACGCAUGGAAGCUGCGUUCCCGGGCCAGAUGAACAACACACCUGGGUUUAAUCCUGCCGAGUUCGCCCGCUUCCAACAGCAGAACCGUAUGGGUAUGCCCGCAGACGUCGAGCCCUGCUGCCGCGACCGCGUCGCCUAUGAUGGCGGGCCUAUGAUGGGUGGACAUAUGGGGAUGCAGCAGGGACCUAUGGAGGGGCAGACACAGGAUAAGGGUAAAGGGCGGAUGGUGGAGCUUGACGAUGAGAACUGGGAGGCGCAGUUUGCUGAGAUGGAGACUGCGACAGUCGGCAACGAGGCUAAGACGGAUGAAGAGGCUAAUGCGGCCAUGGAGGCGGAACUGAAUGAUUUGGACAGGUCAGUGCCCUCCAAUGACGCGUUUGAGUCGGUAUGGCAGCGAGUCCAGACUGAGACCGCGACGAGCAGGAAACUUGCCGAGGAAGAUAACUUUGAAGUCACCGAUAACGUGCAUGUCGGUGAUCUCGGUGACUGGGAUGGCUUUGAUAGUCUCAACUCUCGCUUCCGGGAUCCCCAGCUCGGCGACUAUAUGUUCGAGGAGGAUAAUGUCUACCAGGCUGUGGGCAAUCCGUUCGAGGAGGGAAUGAAGAUCAUGCGCGAGGGUGGUAAUCUGUCGUUGGCAGCGCUGGCUUUCGAGGCUGCAGUUCAAAAAGACCCGCAGCAUGUGCACGCUUGGACGAUGCUGGGCUCUGCGCAGGCGCAGAACGAAAAGGAAUUGCCCGCUAUCCGUGCAUUGGAACAAGCCCUGAAGGUCGACCCCGGAAAUCUAGAUGCAUUGAUGGGAUUGGCUGUGUCGUACACAAACGAGGGUUACGAUUCAACCGCCUACCGCACACUCGAGCGUUGGCUGUCUAACAAGUACCCAACGAUCAUCGACCCGAAGGAAGUAUCCGGUGACGCGGACCUCGGCUUCACAGACCGACAACUCCUCCACGACCGCGUAACAGAACUAUUCAUCCAAGCCGCCCAGCUCUCGCCCUCAGGAGCCCAGAUGGACCCCGAUGUACAAGUCGGGUUGGGCGUUCUUUUCUACUGCGCCGAGGAAUACGAGAAGGCUGUCGACUGUUUCUCCGCAGCCCUAGCCUCCACCGAGUCCGGCAGCACCAACCAACAAGAGCAGCUCCACCUCCUCUGGAACCGACUCGGCGCAACCCUCGCCAACUCCGGCCGCUCCGAAGAAGCCAUCGAAGCCUACGAGCAAGCCCUCAACAUCAACCCCAAUUUUGUGCGUGCCCGCUACAACCUGGGCGUAUCCUGUAUCAACAUCGGCUGCUACCCAGAAGCCGCACAGCACCUGUUGGGCGCGCUAUCUAUGCACCGUGUUGUAGAGCAGGAGGGCCGCGAGCGCGCACGCGAGAUCAUCAAUGACGGUGUGCAUCCAGAUGGCUUGGAUGACGAGCGACUCGAGCGUAUGCUGCACAUCAGCCAGAAUCAGAGCACGAAUCUGUAUGACACACUCCGCCGUGUAUUCAGCCAGAUGGGCCGUCGUGACUUGGCUGACCAGGUUGUGGCCGGUAUGGACGUGAACAUCUUCCGUAAGGAGUUCGAAUUCUAG